AUGGUUUACUUCUACAGUUGCACGGCGCUUGGGGAGGGUAAAACGGUGACAAUAUACUCAGGCAAAGACAAAGUAAGGCUUCCCUCAUACAUCUGAAUGUGCUUGGCCGCGAGCUGAUCGUUUGGGUCGGUCCGACCGGUCGUCCGUCUUGCACAUUGAAAGUAAGCCGUGCAUCUGGACGAUGUCCUCCACCACACUGCUCACGAUCGCAUCAGCUCUAAUUGAUUGUUCGCAGACGAAUAUCUUAUACGUUAUGCGCUACCGCAGGGUACGUGAGCACGUGGACCUUGCCUCACCCGCCGGUAUUCGAUCACGUGUUCAAGCUGUCGACGAGCAUCACUGCAAUCCGCCCGACGUAGCGUUGACCAGCCACUGACGGGUCUGCUCUUAUCAGCAGACGUUUGGGUCCACGUCGACAAACUCUCCUCACCACACAUCUAUAUCCGUCUCCCCACGUGGAUUUCGUCGUGGGAAGCGAUCCCAAAAUCGGUACUUGACGAUGCCGCCCAGCUGGUGAAAGCCGGGUCGAUCCAGGUGGGCUGAUUUGGCGCAACGAGUCGGAAACGUUGGAUUUGAUCACAGAUCUGAUAAAUAACAUAUCCUUUACGUGUCUUUGUGAGUCAGGGUAACAAAAAAGACAACAUCACCGUGAUCUAUACGCCAGCGAGCAAUCUUCUCAAAACCGGGGAGAUGGAUGUGGGGACAGGUCAGUGGUUUCCCCAAAGUCGACACAUCACAUAACAGCUCCUCCGGUGGCUCAAACGUGACAACCGAAGUCGUUGUCGUCGUCUUCUUCGUGGAGAAGGCUAAGACACUAUAUCACCGCACUCUUACCUCAGUCUCGUUCAAAAACGAUCGACUCGUUCGACGGGUCUACGUCGCCGAGCGCAUCAACGCCAUCGUCAACCGGCUGAACAAAACACGGGUUGGAAGAGCCGUCGAUCAUGAGGCUGAGAAGAUCGAAAGGGAACAGAAGGAGGCAAAGGAGAGGAGACUGGCGUCGAAUGAAAGGGUACGUUGCGUGUACUGCCUUUUGCAGGUCUAGGCAUGAUGAACAUCAAGCUUUGUCGCAAAUUCGUUUUGACGACGCCAACUAUUCGACUGACUCUUCGUUGCUGCGAUUGACAGAUGAACAGGGAGCUGGAAUUAAGCCGACUGAGAAAGGCCGAGUCCGAGUCUAGGGACUAUUCAAGGCUACACGAGACGAAAGCCGCGCUGAGCUACGAGGAGGAGGAAGCCGAAUGGAACAGUCGCCAGAAAGAAGGCGAAUUUGAUCCCGAUGAGGAUUUCAUGUAGUCCUACUAAGCUGAGACCGCAACGCAAGUAUGUUUUUGUUCAGGCGCAGAUACCACCAACCUCCGACUAUGAUUGCAGAGCCCAGGCCAGCAUGUCCAAAAUGACGUGCAAGGGUUGGAGUUCCCCCGUGUCCCCCUCCCCCCCCCGAGAGGGCUUUUUAUCGGCUCCCGUACGCGAGAUCGACGUGCCCCACGUGCUAGCUGCUCGUCCCGAACACGAUGAAGCGACUUAUCACACUCUAUGUCGUGUCCUUUGGAGUCGCAGUCGCAAGCUUCUCGCUUGCGCUCGCAGGCCUACUGCAGCCAAAAUGGUCAGUCGCAAUGUGCAGUAUGCCUCGCGUGAUGGAUCGCAUCGACCGUCCUCGAGUGGUAGCCAGCGUGGACGGGCUUUCGCAUCGAGUCGCCCGGUGUACUGGGCAGCCUAGGCGACCACUGGAAGCUGUUCCACGUCAAGUUAGAUGGAAUGUGCGAGGCAUCACGACAGCUCACAAACCCGUCUCCUCCAUCGGAAGGCUGGUGCGCUCCUGGCUGCCCGCGAUGACAUCAUCAUCAGAUCGGAACCGAAGAAUCUCGCCCGUAGCUUAUCGGGGGACUUCGUCUGCCUCGUCAUACUCCUUGUGUACAGGAUCCACUUUGCUACGCCGCACAAUAGUCCUCUCAAGCUGUCGACCAAUUAUGGACUCUUCCAGCGGUGCGACUCCUCACAGUGGACCGGCGAUCGAAUCACGUGUCGCCGCUUUCCUACGCGCCGUCAAGACUGUCAGGCUCCGGGCCUGAGUGCAGUAGACAAGGCGACCUUGCACUCCCUAUUUCAUGAUCCUGCCUCGACCCCCGAGAGCACAAGUGGGUUAACCAUCCGCCCGAGCGCGCUUGAGCUCCAGGCCCUUCUCGGAGCAGUCCCCGCCGACACCAACGAUGCAUGGGGCUUUUGCGACAGCUGGAUAAGUGCCGGGUAAGUUGACUACACACCCGCCUGAAGAAAUUGGCGUCGACGUGUGAUGAUGCACUUGAGAAGUGCUGAUCCACCUCUGUGCAACCUUUGCCGAUACGCCUUUGCCGUUCGGAUCCAUCCGACUCGGACACUUUCUCGGACGAAACAGGUACUUUCAGCAGCUAAGUCUCGUGCUUGGAUUCGCCGCUGUCAUCGCGUGCUUUGCUGCGAUCUUGACACCUCUGCAUUCACGGCGCAAGCCGUACCGGUUGAUCUCCUCACUCCUGUUUGGACACGCGGUCGCGCUCAUCGCCUCGACGUCCCUCGUCGCACGCGAGUUCAAUACAUCCGACCGCUUCGUCUAUGGCUCGAGGCUAGCACAAUCCUUCAUCAUGAGCACUACGGCUUGGUCAUUGGAUGUGGUCGUGGUCGCCGCGCUCGUCUUGGUGCUUGGGGUUCUCAAGGUCGGGGAUGAGGGAGGCUACGAGCGGAUUCAGGAUUGA